AUUACAUAACCGAAGGUUUGAUCCAUCCGCCAUCAGAUCCUCACUUGACUCUUCUAUUUAGUCUGCGAUCUAAAGUCUAGACUACAGAACUCGGCCAUGCUCGUGCGAGCCAUUGAAUUUUAUAGUGGCAUAGGUGGCCUGCAUCUUGCACUUCGCCAAAGCCGUGUGGCGAGUUCCCCUGUGAAAGCGUUCGACUGGGAUCAAACUGCAUGUCAGGUAUAUGCAGCUAACUAUGGUGCACAAACAAUAUCCAGGACAGACAUAUCAACCCUUUCCGCGGUAGAUCUACUAUGUCUGCAUGCUGACGUCUGGCUACUAUCCCCGUCUUGCCAACCUUAUACCGUCUUGAAUCCUUCUGCAAGAGGAGAGGAUGAUCCUAGAGCGAAGUCGUUUCUUCAUUUAAUCGACCAUGUGUUGCCGGACUUGGCUGCCCAGGAUUCGCAACCUCGCUAUAUGCUCAUCGAGAACGUAGCGGGCUUCCAGGACUCAACCACAAGGAGGCGUCUAGUUGAUACCCUCCAACGUCUUGGCUAUGUUGUUGCUGAAUUUCUUCUGACUCCUACACAGUUCGGCAUCCCAAAUUCGCGGCUGAGAUACUAUCUUCUUGCUAAAUUAUCCCCCCUCCGGUUCACUGGCCUUCAUGAAUCUGACUUCGAUCGAGUUCACGACAAGCUACCAGGAACUGCAUCCAACAUCCCUGUACACUUGGUACGUGAAUAUUUAGACCAUGCACGUGAGGAAGAAAGCCCUCUGCGUUACAACAUUCCCGAUCGUGUACUUGAAAAGUGGGGUCGUUUGUUCGAUAUCGUAUUGCUAUCUGGUCGGCGGACCUGUUGUUUCACGAGGGGUUAUACACAACUUGUCGAGCGUGCAGGUUCCAUACUUCAGGUGAACGAGGACCUCGACACCACCGAGGUCUUCGACAACUUUCUUGAAGCUCGAUCGCGGGGAGAUAAAGAGGCUGUUCGCAUCCUAGAUCAGCUACAGCUUCGGUAUUUUACUCCUAGCGAACUCUUGAAGAUCUUUCGAUUCGAGGAACCAGAGUCCAAUCAACAGUUUAUAUGGCCACCCGACAUAUCUCUAAAAUCAAAGUACCGGCUCAUUGGCAAUAGCGUCAAUGUGGAGGUCGUGCGGCACCUGAUUGAUUAUCUCUUUGAUGGUGAAGAAUUAACGAGGUGAUUCCGAUCAUCUCUCAAGUGCUCCACUUGCUUGAUACGGCGGUAUGGACUUUGAAUUGUAGUUGUUAUAGCGGCAAUGCGUGCUUAAUAAACAGAGAUGUGGGAUCACGCAUCGACGUGGCGUGCCGUCACUGCACAACUCAAGUACUUGCAUAUCUGUCUUACUAAGCUAUAGAUAUCAAGUGCAAUGCAAUUUAUUCAAGU